AUGUUGAGGACCGCUAACCAUUCUACUGUAUUCAAAAGAGGAUUAACUACAUGUAUUACAGGAAUUGGGAACCCAGAACCCAAAUAUUUCAACACUAGACAUAACGCCGGAUUGGCGCUCUUGGACCUGUUGAAAAAUCACCUUGUGGGCGACAAAGCUUACAAGAGCUGUUCGAACGCUGCAGCCAAGUAUUUACCUGUGAAUUCAGAUAUACUGCUGAUACGUUCAGAUGGCGACUAUAUCAAUUUGAGUGGGAAAACCGUGUUACCGCUAUGGAAGAAGCUGCCGAACCGUGAUAAGAUAAAAUUCAUUGUUGUGCACGAUGAAUUAAGCCUUCCAUUAGGAAAAGUCCAGCUAAGGAAACCGGGGACCAGUCUCAGGGGACACAAUGGCUUGAAAAGCAUACAUGAUCGCCUUGGAAGUGGAAAUUUUUACAGGUUGGCCGUUGGCAUAGGAAGACCAAAGGAAAGAGACCCAGCUGUGGUCUCUGACUAUGUCUUAGGCAAAUUUACGCCAGCUGAGAUAGAGAUCUUAUCGACAGAGAGUCUUGAUAAAGCAGUAGAAAAGUUGAAUGGGAUGAUAUAG